AACAAAAUUAAUAAAGAUAAGCUUCAAAGUCGCCGUCGGGAUAGAACAGCCACCGUGACGCUCCGCCGAAGGGCAGCUUCACAGAGGAGUAGAUGUUCCAAUCGAUUUCAUUUCUACAGAGAUUCCCUUAGCUUCUUUUCACCAGGAGUCUAAUCCUCUUUCAGAUUUUGAAUUUCUAAAAAGAAGAAGAGAUGCGAGCAAUUCACAUCGUGACCACGCGACUGAGCUCCUGCUGCUUUAAGCCUAUCCUUCUUCUCGACUUGGUUUCGGUUUCUUCUUCUCCGCGCAAGCUCUCCAUCCCUAACCGUCGUUUCAUCAGCGCAGCGACCAAGCCUGAUGGUGGCAGGUCUGGUUCGAUCGUGGCUCCGCUUGUGACCCAACAAGAGUUUCAAAAGAUCGAUGUCAAUCCUCCUAAAGGAACUCGUGAUUUCCCUCCCGAGGAUAUGCGUCUCCGCAACUGGCUCUUUAACCAUUUCAAAGAGGUGUCAAGGUUGUUUGGAUACGAGGAAAUCGAUUUCCCGGUGUUGGAAACAGAGGCAUUGUUUAUCAGAAAGGCAGGAGAAGAGAUAAGAGACCAACUAUAUUGCUUUGAAGAUAGAGGUAAUCGUCGUGUAGCAUUGAGGCCUGAGCUCACGCCUUCUUUAGCUAGACUUGUGAUACAGAAAGGAAAAUCGGUUUCUCUUCCAUUGAAGUGGUUUGCUGUUGGGCAAUGUUGGCGAUACGAGAGAAUGACAAGAGGAAGGAGACGAGAGCAUUACCAGUGGAAUAUGGAUAUAAUAGGUGUGCCUGAAGUAACAGCUGAAGCAGAACUGAUUUCAUCUAUUGUCACCUUCUUCAAGCGUGUUGGGAUCACUGCGUCAGAUGUUGGUUUUAAGGUUUCAAGCCGUAAGGUUUUACAAGAACUGCUAAGAAAGUAUGGUGUACCCGAAAACCUGUUUGGAAGAGUUUGUAUCAUUAUAGACAAGAUAGAAAAAAUACCAGUUGAUGAGAUAAAAAAAGAGCUUGGCCUCACGGGAAUAUCGGAAGAUGCUAGUGAACAGUUAUUGAAAGUGCUUUCUGUGAAGUCUUUGGAUGAUUUGGAAGAUUCGCUUGGUGGAGCAGGAGAAGCCAUUGCAGAUUUAAAAAAUCUGUUCUCACUUGCUGAAAAGUUUGGUUAUUCAGAGUGGAUACAGUUUGAUGCAUCUGUUGUGCGUGGUCUUGCUUAUUAUACUGGUAUCGUCUUCGAGGGUUUUGAUCGGAAAGGAAAGCUGCGAGCUAUAUGUGGUGGUGGGAGAUAUGACAGAUUACUCUCCACUUAUGGAGGUGAUGACAUUCCUGCUUGUGGUUUUGGUUUCGGCGAUGCUGUCAUUGUUGAAUUGCUUAAGGAGAAGGGUUUGUUGCCAGAGCUGAGACAAGAAGUAGAGAACAUUGUGUGUGCUUUGGAUAAAGAUCUCCAAGGAGCUGCAGCAACUGUUGCAACCGCUCUCAGGGACAAAGGCCAAACGGUUGAUUUGGUAUUGGAGAGUAAACCGAUGAAAUGGGUGUUCAAGAGGGCGGCUCGGGUAAACGCAAGAAGGCUGGUUUUGGUUGGGAAGACAGAGUGGGAAGAUGGUUUAGUCAGUGUUAAAGUUUUGUCUUCAGGUGAGCAGUUCCAAGUCAAACUCAAUGACUUGGAAUAGUAUGCAAGACGUUAUUAAUAUGGACAAUUGUUUCAUUGUCUUUGUUUUGAAAAGCAAUUGAGUUAAAUUGGAUUUAUAUUUGAUCUUGGAAGGUUUAUUUAAGAAUCUUAUUCAUGGACCGUGAUUCUUUGUUUAUUUGUAUAAUAACGAUUAAAUGAUAUACUUUAUAAAAAUGGCGAGUAAGAGAAGUGAUUGAGCAAGAAA